GCCAAUCUGUUAACCAUAUAUAUAUAUAUACACACACCCAUUGGAGAUGCACUAUACUGCUAUAAGUAACAACUCAAAACCCCAAGAGUGUUGGAAAUUCUUAUCCAGAACAAAAAAAAUAUGGUGGCGGCUGAGUUCACCUCGGGUUUUGGGAACAAGGAGAUGAGGAGCUUUGGCUUUCAAGUUCUCCAUGGCAGAUGGUUCAUGGUUUUUGCAUCAAUGCUUAUCUUAUCCAUGUCCGGCGCGACGUACAUGUUCGGCCUCUACUCAAAUGAGGUCAAAACCUCUUUAGGCUAUGAUCAAACGACAGUCAAUCUUCUAAGCUUCUUCAAGGACUUGGGAGGUAAUGUCGGGAUCAUAGCCGGGCUCAUCAACGAGGUAACAGGGCCAUGGGUGGUGCUGUUAAUCGGGGCGCUGAUGAACUUUUUCGGGUACUUCAUGAUAUGGCUGGCGGUGACUGGUCGGACGUCGAAGCCUCGCAUGUGGCAGAUGUGUUUGUACAUCUGCAUAGGUGCAAAUUCACAGACGUUUGCAAACACCGGCGCGGUGGUGAGCUGUGUGAAGAAUUUCCCGGAAAGUAGAGGCAGUGUUCUGGGGAUUUUAAAGGGACUUGUUGGCCUAAGUGGUGCAAUUAUCACGCAGCUCUUCCAUGCUUUCUAUGGAAACGACGUAAAGUCUCUGAUUUUGUUAAUUGGUUGGCUUCCGGCUUCUGUUUCGAUGGUGUUUCUUCCGAUUAUUCGGUUGAUAAAGUACGUCAGACAGUCGAAUGAGCUCAAGGUUUUCUACAAUCUUCUCUACAUUACUCUCGGCCUAGCUGGAUUUCUCAUGGCUAUAAUUAUUAUACAGCACAAGUUCAAAUUUUCAAGAAUUGAGUACAUCGCAAGUGCUUCAGUUGUGACUCUGUUACUCUGUCUACCCCUCAGCGUUGUUAUAUUCGAAGAAUUGAAGAUCCGAAAGAGUAAAAUAAGAGCGUUGAACGAUCAAUCUGAGCUCAAAGUAGUAGCUGAGAAUCCAAUUCCAGCUCCUCCUCCUGCUCCUGUUGAAGUAGCACCGCAACUUGCUGCAGAGUCUCCACAAACACAGAGCCAGCAGAAGCCAACUUCUUGCUGCUUCAGCCGGCCGAAUAGAGGUGAGGACUACACCAUACUGCAAGCAGUUUUCAGCAUCGACAUGCUGAUCUUGUUCCUUGCCACAAGCUGUGGUGUCGGUGGAACUUUAACCGCCAUCGACAACUUGGGUCAGAUUGGGAGCUCAUUGGGUUACCCAUCUGACAGCAUAAGCACUUUUAUAUCUCUGGUGAGCAUAUGGAAUUACCUCGGAAGAGUCACUUCUGGCUUCUCCUCGGAAGUGCUUUUGAAAAAAUACAUGUUCCCUCGGCCCCUCAUGCUCACUCUUGUGCUUCUCUUGUCAUGUGUUGGCCAUCUUCUCAUAGCCUUUGGCGUCCCCAAUUCUCUUUACUUUGCUUCGGUAAUCAUUGGGUUCUGUUUUGGGGCACAAUGGCCAUUGAUUUUCGCCAUCAUAUCGGAGAUCUUUGGCCUCAAGUACUACGCUACUCUGAUCAAUGUUGGUGGUGCUGCUAGCCCUAUUGGGGCUUAUCUUCUCAAUGUCAAAGUGGCCGGAAAUUUAUACGAUGCGGAGGCCAUGAAGCAAUUGAAGGCUUUGGGAAGGACUAGAAAAGCAGGGGAGGACUUACGUUGUGUGGGAGUGCAAUGCUACAAAUUGGCUUUCAUUAUAAUGGCCGCAGUGGCAUUUUUUGGGAGCCUUAUUUCUUUUAUUUUGGUAAUUAGGACAAGAAAAUUUUACAAAAGUGAUAUUUACAAGAAGUUCAGAGAGGCAGCGGAGGCAACUGAAUCGGAUAAUGUAGCUGCUGCUUCAGGUGGUUUGGUGCCUCCGAGAGAAAUGGAGUCCAAAGCUCCAGUGAAUUCUGCAAAUCCAUCAACCUCCUCAGAUCGUUAGGGUAAAGCAAUGAGAUAGUUGACUAAUAGCUCUAUGCAUGUAUGAAUGAUUGUUCAGAUGGUAUUCUUGUAGUUUCCAAGUCAUUUGCAAAGCAAUAAUCUUUGAUCAA